AUGGCGCCCAGUGCGAAAAUUCCUGCAAGCCAAAAUGCCACUUCAACAGAUGAUGAUUCUAAGACAAUGUCAAAGCUCACGCAAACAAGUCAGCGUCAUCGGAUGUGGACGACCAAGGAGGGUAUCCAGCAUUUUCAAAACCUGAAUCUUAGUUGUGAACAGAUGCAAAAGUUGCUUGGCGAGAAUGUUAUUUCUUUGGAAGGGCUGCCGCUAACUAGGCUGAAAGAAAGGUUCAGGCGUAAGAUCGCACCAAAUUCAGAAGAAUUACUUGCGCUAGGUACUGCAGCUACGUCCCCGCCUGCUGCUGUGGCCCGCAAACGAACAACCUGUAAUGUAAAAGGAACAGUGGCUCCAUUUUACUACUCUGACGCCAAUCAAGUAGUUCCAAAAAAUGUGGUUUGGGUGAUCAUUGUCUCACCUAUGAGAGACAUCCCACCCAGAACCUUUGCCGAGUGUGUUCACUUGAGAUACGUAGAUAUGCGGAACGGCCUCGCAUCGAUUGGCAAUAAUGCAUUCUUUGGUUGCACUGCUUUAAAAAUGGUUCGAAUGGCACGUACGACCAGAAGCAUUGGUUCAGGUGCCUUUUCUCAGUGUUCAGCCUUGGUUUGUGUGGUUCUGAAUGAAGGACUCGAAGAGAUUGGCAAAUUCUGUUUCACACAGUGCGUCUCUCUUCAGUUUCUAUGCCUUUCAUCCACCGUGACGCAUUUGGGAGAGGGUGUCUGUGAAGGGUGCAAGUCCUUGGAGGGAGUCGGAUUGAACGAAGGUUUAUCUAUGGUCCAGUCGAAUGGAUUCCACGAUUGCGAAAAUUUGAGGGUGAUUGGAAUUCCCAACUCCAUGGAACAACUUGCACCAUCUUCUAUUCCACGAACUACAAAACGGGAAUACAGAAAGCCUAAAGAACUGUGGACAUCCAUUCGUGACAAGGUUGCAAAGCUAGCUUACAGCAUUGAAUCUGAUAUUCAGGAGAGCUACCAAAUCAUUUCGGACCCAACAAGGGUUGAAUUGCCGAGGUUCGAAAGCGUCAGGAAGAAGACCAUAUUGGACGCUAAAAUUUCCAAUACCGAAAGCCAAGUCAACCGAUCGAAGGAGGAGCUUCCAAAGAAUCAAGAAAUGAAGAAAAGUCUUAAGGAUCCACCACAGACUGGAAAGCCCAAUGCCAAAUCAGUACCAAGAAAGGCUCAGCUUAUGGAAGCACAUAAAGCUGCAAAGAAGAUGGCAUCUUUGGAUGAGUCUCCUAGGCAUUCCGGUACGAAUGGCAAACAAUCGAACAAAGAGGAGGAGAAGGCCAAGAAGUUGAUUCUUUCGCGGAAAUGUGAUGCCAAAACCAAAGCCACGGAAUCACGCAAUUGCACUACUGCAAACAACAUUGCAGCUUUUUUGGAACCUGAUGUAGGAUUUCGACCUUUGGAAGAACGUAUGCAAACUCUGGAAGCCAAUAUGAAAUCACAGCUGUCAAGCUUGCGUCAUCAACUGCAGGAUGGAGAACGCCAGCAAUCUGAAAUGAUUUCAAAGUUGGCGAAGGCUUCCGAGACUCUCGCCGCUGGGUUGGAGUCUUUGAAAAAUGCGAUGCGGUCCGUCGUUGUGAAACAGAAUGAGACUGACUUUGAACUUCAAGAGAUUCGAAAAGUGCAGGCUGAAUCCGAGACAAGUGUCAGCGAACAAGUGAAGAAAAUUGGAAAUGACACUUAUUGUCUCGACAAACGCACGAGUGCUUUGCACAACACUUUUGCCAAGAUUGAAGCGAGUCAAGCUUUGCUUCAGUCGGCUUUAGAAGAACACUGCAAGAAAGAGGCCGAGACCAAUUCAAAUGUCGAUCCUCUGGCUUCAACUGUGACCACACUCUCCCAGAAAUUCGAUGACCUAAUUCAGACAUCUGAAGGCAAGUGGGUUGAACUGGAGAAUCAAGAGGCAUGCCUCGAAGUUAUGAAACGAGCCGUUGAACCUCUAUUGGAAAACGAAAGAGAAUGCAAAGUGACACCAACACUUGAUAAUGCCAGCUAUCUUGCUUUUGGGAGAAAGAGAUCCCAGGAAGAGUCCAACGAUACAGACUCUAAGAUUGGUAUUGUUGGAAACUUAUGGAAUUGGACCAAAUCAAUGUUGCCGCGAAAGAAGAUGAGAGGACAGGAUGACGAAGAAUAG